ACGGGUGAGUCCUCCCUGGCUCGAAGUUGAAGCUAGAAUGUAUCUCCUUCUGACAGUCUUCGCGGUGUAUACGGGUGUCCCGAAAUAGAUUUGGGUGUAUAAGGCUGUAGCGCCGGCUCUACACUCUCUCGCUCACAGGCGGAUCGCUCCCUACGUCUGUAUGCCUACACAUAGGCCUAUUUGCGCGGCCAGAUUUACCCCAGCUUUAACAUUUGCCAAGAAGAAGGGCUGCUGCUCCUACCCUUGUGCCCGUUUUCGCCAUUUUCUUACCGGACCGAGCAGCCCAUGUUUUCCCGUCUCCUCCUCCCAAACUCUAAGUAAUAUGGCGGACGUAGAGAGCGACGAGGACCGAUACAAAAACGUCGACGUGGACUCGAUCCUGUCACGUGUUGAGCGACGACCGCUGACGUUCACGCGGAAACGUUCGUUAUGUCAAGCUCCGGAAUUCCUUAAGAGAUUAACGGGAGAAGACACGAUAGAAGAAGGCGGUAGUUUGCGACUGGAGUGUAAAGUAGUCGGAUUUCCCAAGCCGACUUUACGCUGGUUCCACGACGAAGAAGAGAUAACCAACAAUGAGAGGUACACGUUCGAGUGCUUAGACGACAACUGCUACACGAUCAGUAUACCGCUGGUCAGCAAGUGCGAUGAGGCCUCUUACAAAUGCAAGGCGGAAAACAAAGAGGGAUACGCGUCCAGUUUAUUAUUUGUCCAUGUAAAAGGAAAGUCAGGGAGCAAAAGUCCAAAGAAGUCCAAGUCCGACAAGUCGCCUUCGCGGAGAACCGUUUCGUUCCCGCCAUUAAUUCCGACGAUCGUCGAGCGAAUCGUGGAGGAGGAGAAAGCUGAGGCAGAGCUGGAGAACCUGCCACCGUCACCGCUGACGUCACUCUACGACGGCGUCACGAUGAAACAGAAAAAUACACGUCCUCAGUUUCUGGGAGACUGGGCCUUCGUAAAAGACGUCGUGAAAAACAACCACACCGCCACUGUACUGAGCGUGUGCGGCUGCUUUGUGGCAUCUUACGUCUUCACAAGACCUUCCCGUUCUUUUUGCUGGGAGGAUUGUAUCACCGUAAGAUUUUGAAAUGGCAGAAUCUUCAUCUUUUAAAGUCUUGACAUCAAAUAAAAUCACACUGGGCUGUUGUUUUUAUUGUGUAAACCAAACAUCAACGCCUUCGCUGGAAGUAGGCUUAUCGUGUUCUGCCUAGCGGAAAAAAACGAUGAAAGUAAAGUGCCCUCCCCGAUAUCAGACCACGGUUUGACAGGCGAGAUUGUACGAGAUCAUACGGUUUCGAAAGUUUUCCUAUGUUGACCACAACGGGGUGUCUUUGUGAAAGCUGUUGCCAAUUUCAGAUGUGGGAAGGCUUGAAACCAGGAAUAGAGCGUUAUGAUAGUUGGCGCAAGCAAACAAUGUCUGAGUAAUUGUCUAAACCUGGUAAGAAAUAACCGCGGUAUAUACAUGAAAACUUGUAUUUUCUGACAAUUUGACAGUGCUUGUAUGCUCUGAAAUAUUUAAACAUUGCUCCAGGACGUGCAAAACACACUAGACAUUUACCCUUAAGUAACAAGUAUCAAGGAUUGCCCUUACGUCAUAUGUAACUGUAGUGUAAAUGAAAUCAUGGGAGCUGGCAGAAGACGCGUUUUAAAGUGUCCCUGAACUGAACUAUAUAAAUAAAUAAAACGUUUCGACAGCAGAAAACAAACUUUCGAUUAUCUCAAUUGUAUAAAUGUAAUACUAAUAGAAAGAAAGAUUAUUUUGGGUUACAUACACCGCUUGCUAUCAUUUUAGGUGUUUACAUAAACUUGUUUUUUAAAAAAAUGCCUUAAAUAUAUAAAGGUGGUCUGAGACUAAUCGGACUACAUGUAUUUAUUUGUUCAUGGAUUCGCAGGGAAGUCGCUAUUAUAGUGUACCAUAUCUGAAUAUUUGACGAACCUUGUUCUUCAUACUUGGAUUGGAAACUCCCAGCAUGCUCUUUCCUCGUCACAAUGUGCCCGUGGCGCAUUGCGCCUAUUUCUGAGCACAAAUCCCUUAAGAUGUUGGUUGCUGUUUGCUUGUGAUAAAUUUUGUGAUUUUGUGCGAUUUAUCUCAGAGAAAUUCCCCUAUUUUUAAGCUUCAGAAAGUAGACGUUAUUUAAUGUAAAUCGCUUAAUGUUAUUUCCUGUGAUACCUCAACUGUUGCUAUGUGUUAAUUUCUUUUGGCAGCAAUGUUUUUUUUUUACAUCCAUUUGUCAUUAUUUACAUUUGUGGCGUUUGUAUAUUUGUUUAUACUAAAACAACAAAAAUGAAGCAGAAAAGAAAAACGAUAUAUAGAAAUAAUUAUAUUUAGUAACAUUCUGUUGCCAAUGCGCUACGAAAGUUCUAGAUCACCAAAAUUAUGUUAAUGUAUGUAUAUUUAAGUAAGGUAGGGUUUGUGUGACGAACAUUGUAAUGCUGCCUCUCUGCCCUGUGUUUUGACACCCUAUUAUUCAGUUGUUCACACCCUAUUCUUCCAUUUUUCUCCAAGCCUCAUGUUAGCCAAUUAAUGACCCGUUAUCUUAUCUUUUCCUAUGUUCCAAAAACUUUCUGUUUUCACAUUUACUUUAUACCGUGUACUUAAUUGUUAACAUUUAUUAAUUCUACCUGAAUCGUUUUUUUUAUUUAUUUUCUCCUUCUACUCUGUAUUAUUUUGUAUUUUAUUUACUUCUUUGCCUGUAUCUUUUUUUUUUACUGUUACAAACUUUGUUUCUCUGACACCUUAUGUAUACAUUUUAAUUUUGAUGGGCCAUUAUGUAGUACUAUCCUGCUGGAUAAUCAGGAUUAAAAGA